ACAUGGUGUGAGGAGGAAAAUUUAUCUUAAAAUUAUGGGAGUGAGAUCAUCGUAACAGGUACAGAGUGCGGUCGAGUCGGGUCGGGUCGUGUACUUUAUACUCUCCGAUAUUGUAGUCUCUAGUCUGCCUGUGGAAGGCCUUUUGAAUGGUUGUGUGGUGGUGUUGUUGUGUGAAUAUUUUAUGGUUAAAUUAAAUGCAACGAAUAGACGACUAGUGCUGCUGUAAAUUUUCGAAUCCACCGACGCAAAUUUGUUCAUGGUGUUUUAUCGGCUUUGUUUGUGACUCUACGGAAAUUAUAUAUAUUUGUGUGUGAGUGACAGUUUUAAAGUAGCGACAUAGUUACAAAGGACUGAAGUGAUUAUAUAGGGAUAUUGAACGGACGGUGCUUUUUUUUUCCCUCGACAGUUUUCACAACCAAACUCAAAAUUUUGUUCUUCGACAAAAACGCUCCACCAAACGGAGCCAACAACAACACUAUUAUCACUCACAAUUCGUUUAGUGUAUAUGGCGGUGGCGUUCCAUGUACGUCACCGUCUGCUGCAACCGGGUUCUUCACACCCCGAGGUUCCGACAGUGAAAGUAGUCCACUCGAAUUGGGCUUUUCACGCAACAUGACUCUGGUGGCCCAUCCACCGCCAACGGUGUGGCGAGAUCCGAAUUUAGGAUCUCAGUACACGGCCGGCGAUGGAUAUGGAACAACAUCGUUACCCGUACCGACGACAAGUUCGAUUGACUUGAAGCAGGAGAUAAAUGGAGUACAUGGUGGUACGAAUGGUGAUGCUUCGCCGGACAAAAAAGAUGUGCUUGAGUGUGUUGUUUGCGGUGAUAAAAGUUCGGGAAAACAUUACGGUCAACUGACAUGUGAAGGCUGCAAAUCGUUUUUCAAGCGUUCGGUACGAAGGAAUUUAUCGUAUACCUGCCGUGGCAAUCGUAACUGUCCAAUUGACCAGCAUCACAGAAAUCAGUGUCAAUUUUGUCGAUAUAAAAAAUGCGUCCGAAUGGGAAUGCGACGUGAAGGUAAGAUUAGAUCUGUGCAAAAGGGCCGAAUACCAAACUCUCAGACAAACGGCAUGAUCGGAAUGUACAGCCAAUAUGGAUUCACGAACGGUGAUGUGUCCAAUAUCAAUUGCCAUCCAUACCUCAGUUCCUACAUAUCGCUACUGUUGCGCGCCGAACCGUAUCCGGCCACACGAUACGGCCAGUGCGUCCAACCGACCAACAUCAUGGCCAUCGAUAACAUUUGCGAAUUUGCGGCCAAACUGCUAUUCUCGGCCGUUGAAUGGACCAAGAACAUACCGUUUUUCCCGGAACUGCAAGUGACCGAUCAAGUGGCACUGUUACGUUUGGUCUGGUCGGAAUUGUUCGUAUUGAAUGCAUCGCAAUGUUCGAUGCCAUUGCAUGUGGCUCCACUGUUGGCUGCUGCUGGUCUACAUGCGUCACCCUUGGCCGCCGAUCGUGUGGUGGCUUUUAUGGAUCACAUACGAAUAUUUCAGGAGCAGGUGGAGAAGCUGAAAGCAUUACAUGUGGAUUCGGCUGAAUUUUCCUGCUUGAAAGCAAUCGUUCUGUUCACAACGGAUGCCUGUGGUCUAUCUGAUGUUGCUCACAUUGAAUCAUUGCAAGAGAAAUCUCAAUGCGCUCUCGAAGAAUAUUGCCGUACACAAUACCCAAAUCAACCAAUUCGAUUCGGUAAACUACUACUCCGUCUUCCAUCUCUCAGAAUGGUAUCACCAGCUGUCAUUCAACAAUUGUUCUUCUCUCGAUUGGUGGGUAAAACGCCAGUGGAAACACUGAUACGAGACAUACUGUUAACUGGUGGUGGUAAUUGUUCCUGGCCGUAUCUAACACCGAUGUGACAUCCAUUAUGGAGACAUUUAUCGCCAUCUGAUUAAGUGCUUAAAUGAAAUGAUCGAGUACCUUAAACAAAAUCACCAACAAAAUGUUUUGCGUUGUGCCGUCAGAGAACAAUGCUGUGACGAGGAAACAAAGAAAGACGCAAAAUAUUUUUGAGUAAUUUAUUUUGUAUUUGAGCGAUUUGAAGCAAUAUUGAAUUUCAAGCCGAACUAAUUAGUUGAACAAUAUACCUAUCUGUGAUAUUGAAAAUGAAUAAAGAGAAAAAAUGAUCCUUGGAAAAAU